AGAACUCAACAACUCCCCAACUACAGAUUACGGAAUUACGAACAUUGAGCAAUCUGUCUUCUGCCUUUUAUCAGAAUACGGCCGGCCCCUCGGAACCAAAUCAAGCAUCGAUAACAUAUUCACCAACACUCCCUACAAUAGAGCAGAGCCAUCCCAGAGACCCUUUCGAUCCAAACUCAAUUGCGACUUCCGCGACUCGAUAAAGAAGCAUCGAAACAACAAUACCCAACCAAAUACACGUUACAGAUAGACUUGAUGGAAAAGUGCGUCUGAUGCUGGAGGAUCUGGAGACGCGCACGACGUUUUCGUGACCCGAUUGCGGUGCGCCAUCCGCGGCAACCCGAGCUCGCCAUCGGUGAUCAUGGCUGCGCAGUCCACGCUACGGCAUUCGGCCGCCGAGGAGGCCAUCUCCGCUUUCAUCGACAAGUAUGCCGAACUCAUCCGCUCUAAGCUGCGCAACACCUCACGGGCAACCCGCCUCCUCUCCACGCUCGCCCUCGCCACCUCCAUCAUCCUCGCCGGCGCAGGUGUACGCCGACGGUGGAAGCGCAAGCGCGACGAGAGAGAACAAGGUCGGAAGCUCGUACGCACCAACUCAUGGCUUCACAACGAGGAUGGCUCUCGCACCAUCUUCGUCCCGUACAGAAACCGCGACCGCCCGGCCAAAGUGGUCAUUCAUAACACGAAGCCACUCACCUUCCAGGCUCACCGUCGCCUGUUCCUGAACCCCCCGAGGGUGUCAGGCCUGGGCGAUGGGCUCGUCCCAUCGACCCAGACCAAGCCCGGCCUUAACCUAGCCUUCCUUCACCAGUUCCUCAGCCUGCUAAGCAUCAUGAUCCCGCGAUGGAACAGCAAGGAAGCCGGCCUACUCGUGAGCCACGGUGUCUUCUUGAUGCUGCGCACCUACAUGUCGCUGGUCGUCGCCCGUCUCGACGGCGAGAUCGUGCGCGAUCUCGUGGCGGGAAAUGGCAAGUCCUUCGUGUGGGGACUGGUCAAGUGGUGUGGGCUCGGCGGCUUCGCCUCGUACACCAAUGCUAUGAUCAAGUUUCUCGAAUGCAAGGUGUCCAUUGCCUUCCGCACUCGGUUAACUCGGUACAUCCACGAUUUGUACUUGAACGACAACCUCAACUAUUACAAGAUUCAGAACCUUGACGGCGGUCUGGGGUCAGGAGCCGACCAGUUCAUCACGCAGGACCUGACACACUUUUGCGCCGCAGCAGCGAAUCUCUACUCGUCCCUGGGGAAACCAUUUGUUGACAUAUGCGUCUUCAACUACCAGUUAUUCCGCUCCCUCGGCCCGUUAGCCUCCUUGGGUCUUGCCAGCAACUACUUCAUCACAGCGAGCAUCCUCCGGAAGUUGUCCCCGCCCUUCGCGAGGUUGAAGGCCGUCGAAGGCAGAAAGGAGGGCGAGUUCCGCAGCUUACACUCACGCUUGAUCGCUAACGCCGAAGAAAUUGCUUUCUAUGGCGGCUCCGAGACGGAAAAAAGGUUCCUCAACAAGGAGUAUGCGUCACUUUCCAAGUGGAUGACCGGCGUCUAUCGGAUCAGGAUCCAGUACAACAUGCUGGAGGAUUUCAUCCUCAAGUACAGUUGGAGUGCCUAUGGCUACCUCCUGUCGUCGUUACCCGUCUUCCUGCCCGCAUGGGGUGGUCUUGGUGGCAAGUUGGAGCAAGCCGAGCACGCCGUCAAGGGCGGCCGCGAGCGAUCACGCAUGAAGGAUUUCAUCACCAACAAACGGCUGAUGCUCUCGCUCGCCGACGCCGGUGGCCGGAUGAUGUACUCGAUGAAGGAUCUCUCGGAGCUGGCCGGCCACACCAGCCGCGUGUACACGCUUAUCUCGACCUUGCACAGGGUCCAUGCCGCGUCGUAUCAUGCCAAGGGCAGGGAGAACGAGCCAUUUUCCCUGUCAGAUAUCCAAGGCACCACGCAGCUAGGGUUCGACGGCGUACGGUUGGAAAAUGUUCCCAUCGUUGCGCCCGCGGUUUGGCCCCAGGGCGGCGACGAACUGGUAGAAUCUCUCUCCAUGAUCAUCCGUCGCGGUGACCACCUGCUCAUCUCGGGUCCUAACGGGGUCGGCAAGAGCGCCAUUGCCCGGGUCAUUGCGGGGCUCUGGCCCGUCUACCGCGGCCUGGUCAGCCGACCCAAGAACCACGGGGAGGACGGAAUCAUGUUCCUUCCCCAGCGGCCCUACCUCAGCAUCGGCACCCUCCGCGACCAAGUCAUUUACCCCGACGGCGAGGCCGACAUGCGUGACAAGCGGAAGAACGACACGCAUCUCAAGUACGUACUUGACCUAGCCCGCCUCGGGUACCUGCCCGAGCGCGAGGGCGGGUGGAACACCCGCAAGGAGUGGAAGGACGUGUUGAGUGGUGGCGAGAAGCAACGGUUGGCGAUCGCGCGGCUGCUCUACCACGAGCCCAAGUACGCCUUCAUCGACGAGGGCACCAGCGCCGUCUCGAGCGAUGUCGAAGGGCUGCUGUACCAGACGUGCAAGGACAAGGGAAUCACCCUCAUCACCAUCUCGACCCGCGCCUCCCUCAAAAAGUACCACACCUACAACCUGAUCCUCGGCCAGGGCGACCGCAACGACUGCUGGGAGCUGCAGCGCAUCGGCACCGAGACCGAGAUGCUGCACGCCCGCCGCGAGCUCGAGGACCUGCAGGCCAAGCUCGCCCAGGUCGACGAGUGGAAGGCCCGCCACGCCCACAUCGAGCGCGAGCUCGCAAAGGUCUGGGUCGAGGGCGGCGAGCCGCUUGCCGCCGAAGGCAAAGGGGAGGGGGCGGAGGAGAAGGAGGGGGAGGAGCCGCUUGUCGAGGGCGGUGAGGAGCCGGUUGUUGUUGGGGGUGCGGAGUCGCUUGUCGGGGGCGGUGAGGGGUCACUUGUCGAGGGCACGGAGUCGUCGCUCGUCGAAGUCGGGACCGGCAGCGGUAGUAGUAAUACCAAUACCGGGCCACUCUCUGACGCACCGGGGGAAGUGGCUGGUGGUGGCGAGGUGGUGGUGGGACUGCAGCAGGUGCCUGAGCACGAAGCUGCGGCGGAUCACCCCGAGACGGAGACCGAGGCUGAUUACGAGGAGGCCCAGGAGGAGAUGGGGGAGGAGAGCGAGACGGAGACGGAGGUGGAGGCGGGGCCGCGCGGUGAGGGAGCGGAGGAGGGGAGUGCGGCUGGGGAGGGGUCGGGUGUUGUUGUAUGAGCUAGGUUGUUUUGUCUAGUUUUGUUUUUGUUUUUGUGCUUGCCGGUGGUUUAUGAAGGUGCAUGAAUGCGAAUGCAUGGAUGGGGGGUUUGGGAGGCUGUUGUAUGUGGUAGUAUACAGUGUUUUGGGUAUUAUUUUGUGUUGGGGCCUCUGUAGAGCGCGCAUGAAUAAGAGGUGUAUCAUUUUGG